UCCACAUGCUUGAUACGAUUUUAUGGGACAGUCAAAUUUCUAGUAAACUAGUGGAGCUUGUGUCAUAUUUAGCCCUUUUUAUUUGAUUGAUUAUAGAUUUUUAAGUUGAUCAUGCAGCUUUGUGUAGUUUGUAACGAACUUGUUCCUAAAUACAAAUGUCCUGCCUGCAGAAUCAGAUAUUGUUCAGUGAAUUGCUUUAAGAAACACAAAGCUGAUGGUUCAUGUCAUCCAAAUAAAGAAACUGCCCCAGCCUCCAACACCCCAACACCUGUGUGCAGUGCUGAACAGCCCUGGACUGUUAUUGACCUACUGGAUAAUGACAGCCAGAGUGACAGUGUGGCCUUAGAGAAACUUCAGAAACUAGGUGAUUCCGAGGCACUCAAAUGUUUUUUGCUAAAUCCACAUCUCAGACAGUUAAUAACAUCAGUGGAUUCAGCUGAAAAUAAAGACAAGGCCAUGAAGGAUGCCAUGCAGGAACCACUGUUUACAGAGUUUGCUGACCAGUGCUUGAAAAUUAUUGAACCAAAAGAAACAGAACAUUAUCAUGAGGAUGAUGACUGAUUCUCACGGUCACGUAUGGAUUGUUUCCAUCUAAA